GAGGAGGAGGAGGGGGGGCACUGAUGCUGGUGACGCAGGAAAAACACCCAACACAGUAGACAAAAAAAGCGAGGAGCGGAUCGCAGACAGUUUAUGCAGGCUGAGCGCCGCACACAUAACACACACACAUACAGCUGAAUGACACAAUCGUGGUUUAGCAGUGCGUAAUUGAUCGCAUCUUGGAUCAGUUGGAAGAAGGUCCGAUUUGAUUUUUGGUUAUGCAAUGGUCUCUGCGUCAGCGCUAGCACUUUCAGCUGUGUGCCACUUCUCGAUCAGUCCAGAGGAGGCAGUGAUUUCAUCUCGUGCGCCAGUGACAUAAGCAGACAAGAUUGCAAAGAUCUGCCCUGUGUCGAGUAUGACUGCCACGACCCGUGGCUCCCCCAUGGGGGGGAAUGAAAGUCAGGAGCAGGGCCAAGCUCCGGACGGUCAGUCUCAGCCCCCAUUGCCCCAAAACCAGACAUCCACUCCCACAUCGUCCAACGAGACCUCUCCAGUGAGUCCUCCAGAUGAGCAGGUCCAGGGAGACUGUACCGGCCAGCUGGAGGAGGAGGAGGAGCCGGCUUUCCCUCACGCAGACCUGGCCAAACUGGAUGACAUGAUAAACAGACCCCGCUGGGUUGUUCCGGUUUUGCCAAAGGGUGAAUUAGAAGUUCUUCUUGAAGCUGCUAUUGAUCUUUGUAAAAAAGGACUCGAUGUCAAGUGCGAAGCCUGCCAGAGAUUUUUUCGCGAUGGUUUGACAAUAUCUUUCACCAAAAUACUGACUGAUGAGGCUGUCAGUGGAUGGAAAUUUGAAAUCCAUAGGUGCAUAAUCAACAACACCCAUCGUCUGAUGGAACUGUGUGUGACCAAGCUCUCUCAGGAUUGGUUUCCCCUUCUAGAGCUCUUGGCCAUGGCCACCAACCCCCACUGCAAGUUUCACAUUUACAAUGGUACCCGGCCCUCAGAGACGGUGCCUGCUGGGGUGCAGCUGGCCGAAGAUGAGCUCUUCGCUCGUCCGCCUGACCCUCGCUCUCCCAAGGGCUGGCUGGUGGAUUUAAUAAACAAGUUUGGCACAUUAAACGGGUUUCAAAUUCUGCACGAUCGAUUCAUGAGCGGUCAAGCUCUGAACGUUCAGAUCAUCGCCGCACUCAUAAAGCCUUUUGGGCAGUGCUACGAGUUUCUCACUUUGCACACGGUGAAGAAGUACUUCCUUCCCGUUAUAGAAAUGGUUCCCCAGUUCCUUGAAAACCUCACUGAUGAGGAGCUGAAAAAGGAAGCCAAAAAUGAAGCCAAAAAUGAUGCUCUGUCUAUGAUAAUCAAGUCUUUGAAGAACCUGGCUUCACGAGUUCCAGGGCAAGAGGAAACCGUGAAGAACAUGGAGAUCUUUAGGUUAAAAAUGAUUCUUAGGUUAUUGCAAAUUUCCUCUUUUAAUGGCAAAAUGAACGCACUAAAUGAAGUAAAUAAGGUGAUUUCAAGUGUCUCGUACUACACACACCGUCAUGGCAACCCAGAAGAGGCAGAGUGGCUCACUGCCGAGCGCAUGGCGGAGUGGAUUCAGCAAAACAACAUUUUAUCCAUUGUGCUGAGGGAUAGCCUUCAUCAGCCCCAGUAUGUGGAGAAGCUAGAGAAGAUCCUGCGCUUUGUCAUUAAGGAGAAAGCUCUUACACUUCAAGACCUGGAUAACAUUUGGGCUGCACAGGCUGGAAAGCAUGAGGCUAUUGUCAAGAAUGUCCAUGAUCUUCUCGCAAAAUUGGCAUGGGAUUUCUCACCUGAACAACUAGAUCAUCUUUUUGACUGUUUUAAGGAAAGCUGGACAAAUGCUAGUAAAAAGCAACGAGAGAAGCUACUGGAACUAAUUCGUAGGCUGGCAGAAGAUGAUAAAGAUGGUGUGAUGGCACACAAAGUGCUCAAUCUGCUGUGGAACCUGGCCCAUAGUGAUGAUGUUCCUGUGGAUAUCAUGGAUCAAGCUCUCAGUGCUCAUAUCAAGAUCUUGGACUACAGCUGUUCUCAGGACCGGGAUACCCAGAAGAUCCAGUGGAUCGAUCGCUUCAUUGAAGAGUUGCGAUCAAAUGAUAAAUGGGUCAUCCCUGCACUGAAGCAAAUUCGAGAGAUCUGCAGUCUGUUUGGAGAGGCUCCUCAGAAUCUCAGAAGGAAAAUGCCUAUUAACUUAACAAGCUUAGCAAGUCAAACGCAGAGGAGCCCACAUGUUUUCUAUCGCCAUGACCUUAUUAACCAACUUCAACACAAUCAUGCACUGGUCACUCUAGUAGCUGAGAAUCUGUCUGCAUACAUGGAAAAUAUGAGGCAGUUCUCCAAAGUAGAGCACACGGACUUUGACCCUCAGACCGUCAGACCUGGAAGUCGAUACAGUCAUGUGCAGGAGGUGCAGGAGCGCCUAAACUUUUUAAGGUUCUUGUUGAAGGAUGGGCAGCUGUGGCUCUGUGCCCCUCAGGCCAAACAGAUCUGGAAGUGCCUAGCAGAGAAUGCAGUGUUCUUGUGUGAUCGUGAAGCCUGUUUCAAAUGGUACUCCAAACUGAUGGGGGACGAGCCGGACCUUGAUCCCGACAUCAACAAGGACUUUUUUGAGAACAAUGUUCUCCAGCUCGAUCCUUCUCUUCUGACCGAAAAUGGCAUGAAAUGUUUUGAGCGCUUCUUUAAAGCAGUGAACUGCAGAGAGGGCAAGCUGGUGGCCAAGCGUAGAGUCUACAUGAUGGAUGACCUGGAGCUGAUUGGACUGGAUUACCUAUGGAGGGUUGUGAUCCAAGGAAGUGAUGACAUUGCAAACCGAGCAAUUGAUUUGCUUAAAGAGAUUUAUACAAACCUUGGACCAAAAUUACAAGCUACUCAGGUGGAGAUCCAUGAAGAUUUUAUUCAGUCUUGCUUUGACCGACUCAAAGCCUCCUAUGACACGCUGUGUGUGCUGGAUGGAGAUAAGGAUAGUAUUAACUGUGCCAGGCAGGAGGCCAUCCGCAUGGUGCGCGUUCUUACUGUGCUUAGGGAGUACAUCACUGAAUGUGACAGUGACUACCACGAGGAGAGGACCAUUUUGCCAAUGUCCAGAGCAUUUCGUGGGAAACACAUCACCCUUAUCGUGCGAUUUCCAAACCAAGGUCGGCAGGUGGAUGAUCUGGACAUCUGGUCCCACACCAAUGACACCAUUGGUUCCGUGAGACGCUGCAUUCUCAAUCGAAUAAAGGCUAACAGCGCACACACCAAGAUCGAGCUUUUCAUUGGCGGGGACAUCAUUGAUCCUGCUGAUGACAGGAAAUUGAUUGGACAACUCAACCUAAAAGACAAAACACUUAUCACAGCCAAGCUCACGCAGGUCAGUGCCAAUAUGCCUUCAAGCCCAGACAGCUCCUCUGACUCUUCCACCGGCUCCCCUGGGAACCAUGGCAACCACUAUAGUGAUGGACCAAACCCAGAAGUUGAGAGCUGCCUUCCUGGAGUGAUAAUGUCCCUGCACUUGCGCUACAUCUCUUUCUUGUGGCAAGUUGCUGACCUGGGCUGUAAUCUCAACAUGCCUCUUCUGCGUGAUGGAGCUCGGGUUCUUAUGAAGCUCAUGCCACCAGAUAACACUACAGUGGAAAACCUGCGAGCUAUCUGCCUGGAUCAUGCCAAACUUGGAGAAAGCAGCCUUAGCCCCACCCUUGACUCCCGCUUUUUUGGACCAUCACCUUCACAAGUCCUUUACUUGAUAGAGGUGGUUUAUGCCUUACUGAUGCCAGCUAGUGGCACACUGGGAGAGGAUGCAAGUGAUUUCCAGUACAAUUUCUUGAGGAGUGGCGGCCUACCUUUGGUAUUGAGCAUGCUGACCCGAAAUAAUUUCCUUCCAAAUGCUGACAUGGAGACGCGCCGAGGAGCCUAUCUCAAUGCACUAAAAAUAGCUAAGCUCCUGCUUACAGCUGUAGGCUUUGGUCAUGUGAAGGCCGUGGCUGAAGCUUGCCAGCCUGUGGCAGAGGGGAACAUCCCAGUGUCACCUAUAAACCAGGCCACUCAUGACCAGGCACUGGUGCUUCAGAGCGCCCUGCAAAACAUCCCAAAUCCCUCGGCUGAGUGCAUGCUGCGCAACGUGGCCAUCCGUCUGGCUCAGCAGAUCUCUGAUGAGAAUUUUUUCCAGGCCUCUAAGUAUAUCCCAGACAUCGGUGUGAUCAGAGCAGUUCAGAAGAUUGUCUGGGCCUCUGGUUGUGGUUCUAUUCAACUAGUUUUCAGUUCCAUUGAGGAGAUCAGCAACAUCUACGAAAAGACUAAUGCAGGGAAUGAGCCAGAUGCUGAGGAUGAGCAGGUGUGCUGUGAGGCCUUAGAGGUCAUGACCCUUUGCUUUGCUCUUAUCCCGACUGCGCUAGAUGCACUUAGUAAAGAGAAAGCCUGGCAGACUUUCAUCAUUGAUUUACUGUUGCACUGUCAGAGCAAGUCUGUUCGCCAAAUGGCCCAAGAACAGUUCUUCCUCAUGGCCACUCGUUGUUGCAUGGGUCACAGGCCUCUUCUGUUCUUUAUUACCCUCCUCUUCACAGUUUUAGGUAGCACUGCAAAAGAACGAGCCAAGCACGCUGGUGAUUACUUUACACUCUUGAGGCACUUGCUCAACUACGCAUAUAAUAGCAAUAUCAACCUUCCUAAUGCUGAAGUUCUUCUUAACAAUGAGAUUGAUUGGUUGAAGAGAAUCAAGGAUGAGGUUAAGAGAACUGGAGAGACUGGGGUGGAAGAAACCAUAUUAGAAGGUCACAUUGGUGUCACAAAGGAGCUACUGGCUUUCCAGACAGCAGAAAAGAAGUACUAUAUAGGUUGCGAAAAGGGAGGCGCUAACCUCAUCAAGGAGCUGAUAGAUGACUUCAUCUUCCCAGCCUCUAAUGUGUAUCUGCAGUACAUGAAGAGUGGCGAGUUCCCCCCUGAGCAGGCCAUACCUGUGUGUAGCACCCCUGCCACAAUCACCGCUGGCUUUGAACUCCUGGUAGCACUUGCUGUUGGAUGUGUGCGCAACCUCAGACAGAUUGUCGACACCCUAACUGACAUGUACUACUCGGGUUGUGAGGCACUUACAGAAUGGGAGUACUUACCACCAGUGGGCCCGAGGCCCACAAAAGGCUUUGUUGGGCUGAAGAACGCAGGUGCCACUUGCUAUAUGAACUCAGUAAUCCAACAGCUUUACAUGAUCCCACCCAUCAGAAAUGGCAUCUUGGCCAUAGAGGGCACAGGCAGUGAUGUGGACGAUGACAUGUCUGGAGAUGAGAAACAAGAUAAUGAGAGCAACGUGGAUCCACGUGAUGAGGUUUUCAGUUAUCACCACCAGUUUGAUGACAAGCCAUCACUCAGUAAGUCAGAGGACAGAAAAGAGUACAACAUUGGAGUUCUGCGUCACCUGCAGGUGAUCUUUGGACAUCUUGCUUCUUCCAGACUGCAGUACUAUGUUCCCAGGGGCUUUUGGAAACAGUUCAGGUUGUGGGGUGAGCCAGUGAAUCUGAGAGAACAACAUGAUGCCCUGGAGUUCUUCAACUCGCUUGUCGAUAGUUUAGAUGAAGCUUUAAAAGCAUUGGGCCACCCUGCCAUGCUGAGUAAAGUCCUCGGUGGUUCCUUUGCUGAUCAGAAGAUCUGUCAGGGUUGCCCUCAUAGGUAUGAGUGUGAGGAAUCCUUCACAACACUGAAUGUAGAUAUCAGAAAUCACCAGAAUCUGCUUGAUUCCAUGGAGCAGUAUGUGAAGGGUGACUUGCUUGAGGGUGCUAAUGCUUACCACUGUGAAAAAUGCAACAAGAAAGUGGACACAGUGAAGCGCUUGCUCAUUAAGAAACUACCUCCUGUACUGGCCAUCCAGUUGAAGCGAUUUGAUUACGACUGGGAACGGGAGUGUGCUAUUAAAUUUAACGAUUACUUUGAGUUUCCCCGGGAGCUGGACAUGGAGCCCUAUACAGUAGCAGGAGUAGCCAAGCUGGAAGGUUCUGAUGUCCACCCUGAGAAUCAGCAGGUCAUUCAGCAAAAUGAACCCUCAGAGCCAGAGGCACCAUGCAGUUCACGCUAUAGGCUUGUGGGAGUGCUGGUGCACUCAGGCCAGGCCAGUGGAGGUCACUACUACUCUUACAUUAUCCAGAGGAAUGGCAGUGGAAGCGAGGGUGAAACCAAUCGCUGGUACAAGUUUGACGAUGGUGAUGUCACAGAGUGCAAGAUGGAUGAUGACGAAGAGAUGAAGAACCAGUGCUUUGGGGGAGAGUACAUGGGUGAAGUGUUUGACCACAUGAUGAAGCGUAUGUCCUACCGUAGACAGAAGCGCUGGUGGAACGCAUACAUCCUCUUCUAUGAGCGCAUGGACUCCCUGGACAAAGACGGUGAGCUGGUGAAGUACAUCUCUGAGCUGUCAGUAAGCAGCAAGCCACACCAGGUCAAGAUGCCACCAGCCAUCGAAUGCAGCGUACGCAAGCAGAAUGUGCAGUUCAUGCACAGCCGUAUGCAGUACAGCCUGGAGUACUUUCAGUUCAUUAAGAAACUCCUAACCUGUAAUAGCGUCUAUCUGAACCCACCACCAGGACAAGACCAUCUUUUGCCUGAAGCAGAAGAAAUGGCUAAGAUUAGCAUUCAGCUCACAGCUCGAUUCCUCUUCAGCACAGGAUUUCAUACCAAGAAAGCAGUCCGUGGCCCGGCCAGUGAUUGGUAUGAUGCCCUGUGCAUCCUCCUUCGACACAGCAAGAAUGUACGCUGCUGGUUUGCACACAACGCCCUAUUUUCCUACCCAAACCGAUUCUCGGAGUACCUGCUCGAGUGCCCUAGUGCUGAAGUGCGGGGUGCUUUCUCCAAGCUCAUUGUAUUUAUUGCACAUUUCUCCCUGCAUGAUGGACCUUACCCAUCACCUGUUGCCUCACCAGGACCAUCUAGUCAGGGCUGUGAUAAUCUGAGCUUAAGUGACCACUUGUUACGUGCUGUGCUUAACCUGUUACGGAGAGAGGUGUCCGAGCAUGGCCGUCACCUGCAGCAGUACUUCAACCUUUUUGUCAUGUACGCAAACCUAGGUUUGGCAGAGAAGACACAGCUGUUGAAACUUGGUGUGCCAUCCACCUUUAUGCUGGUGGCUCUGGAUGAAGGCCCAGGCCCACCCAUUAAGUACCAGUAUGCUGAGUUGGGGAAGCUGUAUACAGUGGUGUCUCAGCUGGUGCGUUGCUGUGAUGUAACGUCUCGUAUGCAGUCCUCAAUCAAUGGUAACCCUCCUCUUGCUAACCCAUAUGGGGAUCCCAGCCUGACUCAACCCAUCAUGCCUCUGCAUCAGAUGGUGGCUGAGAUACUGUUUGUGCGUACCAGUUACGUGAAGAAGAUCAUUGAGGAUUGCAGUAACUCUGAGGAGACCAUCAAACUGUUGCGCUUCUGCUGCUGGGAAAACCCACAGUUCUCCUCCACUGUGCUCAGUGAACUGCUGUGGCAGGUUGCUUACUCCUACACUUAUGAGCUAAGACCUUACCUGGACUUGCUGCUACAGAUCUUGCUUGUGGAAGACUCUUGGCAAACUCACAGGAUCCACAAUGUGCUGAAGGGGAUCCCAGACGAUCGUGACGGCCUGUUUGACACCAUACAGCGUUCUAAAAAUCACUACCAGAAGAGAGCUUACCAGUGCAUCAAGUGCAUGGUGGCACUGUUCAGCAAUUGCUCAGUCGCCUAUCAGAUCCUUCAGAGUAAUGGAGACCUGAAGAGAAAGUGGACAUGGGCUGUAGAGUGGCUUGGUGAUGAGUUAGAGCGCAGGCCAUAUACCGGCAAUGCCCAGUACACAUAUAACAAUUGGUCACCUCCUGUUCAGAGCAAUGAGACCUCCAAUGGCUACUUCCUGGAGCGUUCCCACAGUGCCCGCAUGACUUUAGCCAAGGCUUGUGAGCUGUGCCCAGAGGAGUGUCACUUAACGAAGCACGAGGUGGUGUCUGAAGAGGACGCAGGCCGGAAGCUGUCCUCGCCACAGCAGCUUUUGCCAGGGGAAGUGACAGGCCAACAGCAACACACUGAGCAGGAUGAGCAGGAAGCCCCCGAUGACCAGGACUCCUCUCCACCAGAAGACACGUCUCUGUAUCCCCACUCUCCAGGGACACAGUAUCAACAGCAAAACAACCUUCCCCACGGUCAGCCAUACACUGGCCCUGCAGCACAGCAUAUGAACAAUCCUCAGCGUCCAGGUCCACGAGCACAAGAAAACUGGGAGCCCCCAGAAGAGGUGCCACCUGCCCAGACAAAAGAGUAGCACCACCUUUUCAUCCUGUCCUCCAUCCGAGUGCAAGACGUUUAAGCAAAGAGCGAGGCCCCAGGCCCCACCAUGCAGCGUCACUCCACAAACUGUGUCUCCAGAAAAUUCUGCUCCCUAUCCUCCUCACCCUGGGAUGGAGUAUCACUGUCUGCCCUGCAGUAUUACAACCUGCCUGCAGUGGAUGGUGUAUGGUGGUGUAACAAGCCAGGCCUGAUGCACUUGUCUCAUGUGAUGAUGGUGUACAUAUUCUAAUAGUUUUUGACUGUUCAAAACCAUCAGCACCACAUGCUGGUUGGAGACUUGCGGAUUUACAAAACUUUAAAACUAUAAAAAUGCAAAAAAAUGUAAAAGAAAAAAAAAAAAGCCCUGUUUAAUCACCUGUGCUCAGUGGUGCAGUUUGAUCUGCCUUUUGGCCCUUUCGGUCAUUCAGCUCUAUAUUAUUUUAAUCCAUGUCCACUCUUGGUUAAUCUAUCCCACCUCUGGAGCUGAGGAUGGCUGUACUGUUGGCAUGAUGGAAUGGUUGGCUGAUCCUGAUGCUAGGUUGACACAAGAGGUGAUACAACAUUUGUUCUGGAAACUUUCAUAGCCUUUCCUCUUUUUUUUUGGUAUUAAUUGAAUCAUUUGAAAGCUCUAGUUGAUAUGCUGUAAUGUUUUAGCAUGGCUUCACACCGAACUAGUGUAGCCAAAGGGAAGUUCUGUGAUCCUAACCGCCGUAGUUCCUAAUCGACAGCUAUUUUGACAAGCCGUUCCCCCUCCCCAAAACAAAUCACUUCAUCUUUUUUUUUUUUUUUUUAAAUCAAUAUAAGAAACCAGUGGCUUCUGAAUUGCACAUAUGUAUCCUCUGACCUAACAUUUGGCACUCAGUUCUUGGUGGGAAUAAAUGUUUAGUUUGAAUUAUAGGAAUUUUAGAAAGAGAAAAUGUAUAUGCAACAGUUUGCUAUGCCAGGAUGCCUGGAGCAUUAGUGGACUAUACUUGGUUUGCUUGUUUGUCUCUCCAUGGUUGAACCUUGUAUUAGACAAACGGACAAAAAUAAAGAAAUAAAAGAUUAACAUUGGCCACUAAAGUUGACAGCCUUCAGGUGCUGCCUGUUCACUUGCUUAUUCUACUUGAACAGAUUCUGCCUGGGGACUCUAUUGGAGCAGAAAGUCAGAAGCAGGGUUAUACCAUAAGAGAACUGCUGGUUAGUUACAUGGCAACUUAAACUAGAUAAGGUAAUAUUUAGGAAUAAGGGUAAACACCAGUAAAUAUUGUAUUUAAUUGGUAACUUGAAAGCAUUUUGGAUUAUCUAAAAAUACCAAAUACUCCUGCAAAUAAAACUAUUCUGCCCACCAUAUUAUAUUUAAAUAUUUUGCUGUUUUAUUUUAUAGAAUUUAUUUUGUUGUAUUUCACUGAAAAGGAAAAAAUAGAAUUUGAUUUAAGAGGAACAUUUUGUCCUUGUGUUCUUUUUAAAAAUACUGACUGUACAGAGUUUUGCCCUUUUUUUUUUGCUGACUUUUGUUUUGGCCAUAGUGACAUUGAAUUCUGGAGCCACAGUCGCAAUGUUAACUUUCACUUUGUGAGUUUUUUUGUGCACAGAACUAUUAGACAUUGCGCCGUUCAAGAAUAAAGAAAAACAAAUCUUAAA